AUGACAGACGACUCGCACCCUAACGGCGGCGUUAGAAUUGACGACGCUGAUUUCUCAGAACUCGAUGCAGCCAAUGGUGGCGGACCCUCCUCAAAUAUGUUACUCGCACCAGGUACAGCCGGACCAAACGGUGGUUUAUCACCGCCUGGAUCUAUCGGCAGGAGUGCCGGUAAGAGUGGGAGAGUGAUAGAGAAACUCAUGGCAGAGAACGACAGGUUGCGGAGAGAACUGAAGAGCGAAACAACGAAGCGCGAGGAAGAGCAACGUAGAGCCGAAGCCGCCCGUUCAUCGCGAGAUUCGUUACAAUCUAUCAACGAGAAUUUAGUUCACCAAACCAAUAUUGACAAGACAUCUAUCUCUCGUAAAGACCGAAAAAUCGAAGAACUCCGUUCCGAACGCGAAGAAAACCUGAAAAAACGUCAAGAUGCUGAAUCCAAUCUUCGAAAAUAUGUCGUUGAUCAGGAUGCUAGAGUCGCAGAAUUGGCGAAAGAUCUCUCGGCCGAGGUUGCGGAGAGAGAACGUUAUGCUCGUCAAUACGAUGUCCUCGCUGCAUCAUGGAAGCACAUAGAGGACAGGUAUCAAACGAGUGUUAACCGACUUAAGAAGCGAAUCGAAGAGGUUGCGGCCGAAGAAAAGAAGAAUAAAACAACAGUGGCGAAGUUGGAAAUAACCAUUGAGCAGCAGAGACAGGAAAUUGAAAAGAUGGGUGCAGCCAGAAGGAAGAUUGAGCAGACUUACAAUGAGCGUAUCGACCAUACGGAGGAAGAGCUCAAGAAAGUAAAAAAGCUUACAGAUGGUGAAUCUGGAGAGGUUGCUGAGAAGCUUAAAGAAGCUAUGGAGGCAGCUUCACAGUUAAGACACAUACUGGGAGUGCAGAAGGCAAUACGUGGUAUACCGGAUGAUGUGACUCCUGGAAAGACAUGA